AUGGUGACUCCAACAAUGGACCCUCAGUCAGCACUGUCCAUGAGGAUUGAUGUCCUGGACAAGGCCAUGUUCUAUUACAGCCAAAGGAGCAUGGAGCUGCAGAGGAAAAAGAGAGGCUGGCUGAAGAAAGAGCAGCAGCUGAGACAUUUCCAGGCCCUGCUGGAGCAAAAGGACCAGGAGAUAAAGACUGACGCUCCCAGCUCGCUUCUGCUCGACAAACACGCAGACUCCAUCGCGGCCUACGGCUCCAAGAAGGACGGCUACGAAUCCACGCUGUGGGAGUACCUGCGGAUGAGCGGUAUCUACUGGGGGCCGACAGUCAUGGACCUGGUGAACCAGGCAGAGAUCGCACACUUCAUCAAAGCCCCCCAGCACGAAUAUGGCGGCAUCAGUGCCAGCAUCAGACCCGACCCCCACCUGCUCUACACUCUCAGUGCUGUCCAGGUGACUUUAUAG